GAGACGCUCGUGAUACCUCCUCUCGCCGCAUCGUUCGUGUCUCCGACGUACGGUGAGAGCGGGGAGCGAGGAAUUCGACUAGUGGACUGGGAGAAACACGGAGAUCGUCAUCACGAGGCGAAUCACGAGCGUUCUUCGAUGGAGGUAUCGUGAGAUAUCGUAAAAGUCGGGCGCGAGGGUGCGCGGGGAUGCGAUGAUCCGGAAAAGCUGAGAGAUCAGAUACAAGAGCCAUCCGUGGACUGGGAAAUACGGUCCACGAUGUUGGUGCCGCCAGACAUGCUGGCGUCCCACAACCGAAUGCGCUAUCAGUUCAACAAGUACUUCACCGAGCGAGUGAUGAACCGGAAGAGUCAGGUGGCGAAAACCAUCCAGGAGGUGUGCCGGGUGGUGCAGGACGUUCUCAAGGAGGUCGAGGUGCAGGAGCCGCGCUUCAUCUCGUCCCUGACGGACUACAACGGCCGGUUCGACGGCCUCGACGUGAUCUCGCCGACGGAAUUCGAGAUCGUCAUCUAUCUGAAUCAGAUGGGCGUGUUGAAUUUCGUGGACGACGGCACCCUGCCGGGCUGCGCGGUGCUGAAGC